AUGAUAAACAUCAUAGUUUCAAACAUAACUUCUAAAGACAUACCUUUAAUGGAUAUAUAUUCACUUGUAUUUUUAGUGGUGUGCGCCCUGCCAUCGGUAGGAAGAGGCGUCAAACUUGCGAUACGAACUCAACGAGACGACACGAAUGAUGGUCUUGAUAAUUCAGACAAUGUGGUCUUCCCUGGGCCUUAUCUAAAACAUGGUGACGCUAUCGAACUGGGCUGCCUUUCACAUCUUUCUCAAUUGACCUGGCCUACGUCCCAAUAUCCCAUCCUAAAGUCAAAUAGUAUAGACGACACUGAAUCAAUGUCGUUGUCAAACUCAAUGAUGAGCAGUCGUAUAGGCUAUAAAUCAUGGAGUCGACAACUUGUUGCUCAAGGAACGUUGGCUGCUAAUAUUGGUGAAGAUAGUCCUCUUAGAUACAGAAAAAGUAGCAAUGAGGACGGAUUGACCACAGACACUGCUCUGGCUGGUACUGUUGGUCGAGAUUUAGGGGUGCUGAGCAGGCCUGAUAUGCAGGAAUCUCAUCGCUUAACUACAACGUCAUUGGUAUCCGUGUGUAAUAGAGGCCAGUGGAUUCCCUCUGUUCCAAAAGAUCUUGUAUGCAAGCCUUUGGAGCACCAUUUGAUCCCGAUGCGUUGGCUAUUCCAAGUUCCAAGGGGAAUAAAAUUAGAAGGUGGCUGA